AUGGGAGAGCUCGUGUUUGCAUUCCAGUGGUUUUGUGAGGUACCUGAAACGAAACCACAUCAUAAAUGGUGGUGGGUCGCAUCAUAUAACACAAUGCAUAUACGACUAAAAUACACAAGUACCCACAACAUUACAAACAAAAGUACACACAACAUUACAUACAACAGUACCCACAACAUUACAUACAACAGUACACACAACAUUACAUACAACAGUACCCACAACAUUACAUACAACAGUACACACAACAUUACAUACAACAGUACACACAACAUUACUUACAACAGUUCCCACAACAUUACAUACAACAGUACACACAACAUUACAUACAACAGUACACAUAACAUUACAUACAACAGUACACACAACAUUACAUACAACAGUACCCACAACAUUACAUACAACAGUACACACAACAUUACAUACAACAGUACCCACAACAUUACAUACAACAGUACUCACAACAUUACAUACAACAGUACACACAACAUUACAUACAACAGUACACACAACAUUACAUACAACAGUACACACAACAUUACAUACAACAGUACACAUAACAUUACAUACAACAGUACACAUAACAUUACAUACAACAGUGCACACAACAUUACAUACAACAGUACACACAACAUUACAUACAACAGUACCCACAACAGUAAAUGCAAGAGAGACAACAGCCACUUCUAG